AUGUCAAAAAUAGGAGAAUACACAGUCCUUCCCCUCACCAUUCUCUCUACGCCUGCAUACCCAAAGCCAGCCACCCACACUCUCUACCUCCGCCGUCACGCUCCUAAGACCCCGACCGCGAACGACUCCCGCAGUCUAUUCCUCGUCAAUGUUCCGAUAGACAGCACAUCCGCGCAUAUCCGCGCCGUCAUUGUAUCCCUACUUGGCGCCGGUCGCUUCGAAUCUGUGUCCUUCGAGCAUGACACCAAGACUCAAGCGACACCCCCCACACCCGUCCAAGCCCAACCCACGAACAAAAAACGCAAACGAGGCGAUGUCGAUACCGUCCCAGAAGAGCUACCGUAUAUCUGGGACCGCAAACUGAGGAGAAGCGGCAGUACGGCCGUCGUGCUGCUCGUCGACGAGAGGAGCGUGGAGAACGCGCUGAAAGCCGCCAGGAAGAUCUCGCGAUCCGGCAAGGAGAGAUCGCGACCGGUGUGGGGCGGGGACGGGGUCACGGAUGUCCCGGAGCUGGGGAGCAGACGGUACGCGGCGCAUCAAGAACUGCGGUACCCGAGCCGGGAGGAGCUGCAGCGGAACGUGGAUAGCUUCAUAACUAGAUUCAACGCGCUCGAGGAGGCGAAAGCCAAGGAGGCGAAGAGGGCGCGGAACGUGCCGGACGCGGAUGGCUUUGUGACUGUGGUACGUGGGGGUAGCAGGACCGGGCCGGCGAGGGUGGAGGACGCGGAGCGCAAGCGGGCUGAAAUGGAGGCGAAGGAGAGGGAGAGGAGGGAGGGAUUGCGGACUGGUGGCUUCUAUCGCUUUCAGGUGCGGGAGAGGAGGAAGGAGGAGCAGGGGGAGUUGGUCAAGCGGUUCGAGGAGGAUCGGAGGAGGGUUGGGGAGAUGAAGGAGCGGAGGGGGCGGUUUAGGCCUGAGAAGUAG